CUUCAGAGUGUUCGACCACAAUCUGUAUGUGACUUGUACACUAUCACUACCUCCAAGAGGUAUUCCUUCUCGUCGUGUCAAAUAUGCUAUCGGUCCGAAAAAUGAAAACAUCUUGAUGUUGACGACUUGAAUAUUCGUGAAGGAAAAAAGGGGAAAAAGCCCAGGGGUAUGUCCUAUCGUGGGGUCGCCGUAGCAAAUUUGUCGCUCGUCGUGCUUGGUUCAGGGUCGCCCUCUGAUUUAUCGUGAUUGGUACGCCUAGGUGAUUCGACUUCAUUUUUGAAGAAUGUAGUACCCCCGCGAAGUUGAAUCGUUUUACGACCCCAAGAGUAAGUAACUACCGCUAUACGGAAUUCGCCACGCCCUCUGGUUUUGUAAGGUGGUUAGUUCCCCCUCUACUUGCGACAGUUGUGCAACUAGAAGUUCGGACGCAUUUUGCGUAGCGUAGUCAGUGCUCUCGUCUGACUCGGGCUUUUGGACGAACAACCGCAUUGUUGAUCAAGACCUAGAACUAGUACACACUGUACUAACUUUCUACAGACAGUCCGUUUUUGUUUGGGAACAGGAAGUACAAGUAUUGAUACAGGGGAGGACUCACAAGACAGUGCAGGUAGUAUCUUCAGAAAAAACAAAACAUGAAGGGCAUUGACAAGUUUACGUCGCAGUGGUACGGCGCAACAAGCGCCAACGGGACCGAGGCACCUUACCAUCCGAGAACAACCCGAGUAUUUGUAUUUUUUUGUGCGGAAAAUGAUGAGAUGUGGUCUUCGUUUUCUGUACGCGUGUGGCGUGAUCGAUAUCGCGGUCGAGUCUACUUCUUCAGACACAGCUUUGCUUUUACUAUAUGUCUGCCUCAAAUCAGCGAAUAUGUAUCUCGGCUCGCUACUGGAGGUACUCACACUCAGUACUGGCUACGCCGUCGGAACAACGAUGGAAACAAAAGGUGGUGGAGGUGCACAAUUUUACACCCUCAGGUAAUCGACGUGACGCGCAGCUACGUUCCGCUCGAGAACAGGAUGGCGAUGCGUGAUUACUGGGACCGGACGCUACCAACGAACGCUUCGCGUAUGAAAGCAUCAGAAUGGAAAUCCUCAACGUGGAAAUAAUCUGCGACGCAUAAAGUGCGACACAAAGACAAAAAAGACUGUAUUGCAGAGGACGCAAUGGAGGCCGACUAAUGGAGGCCGACUAUUGUCCUGCUAGGGGUGAAGAAUUGGAGUGCUGCUUAGCACGACAGAAGGGCACCCGGUUGCCUUAGCCUGCAUAACAGACAUGGUUUAAGCGCCUGGGAAAUUUGUCGUGCGCCGACUACAAAUGCCACUUCAACUGGAAUCGUUUUUUUGCAUCACAAAUUAUUUCCACUUUGAGGAUUUCCAACCUGAGGCUUUCAUAUCGCGCCCCUUCAUCCGCGAGUCAAGGUCAGAGCCGCACCUGCAGUGCUUCGCGCAGACGUGGGGAGAAGGGUGGACCAACAACAGGGAAUUUCUGCGAAGAGAAAAUCCUGCGAUAACAGCAGCGGGGCAACCGAGUGGCAUGCCGGUCCCGCUCAACGCGUUUGAGAAAUUCGGUACAGAGUCUGGAAAUCAAUAAGAUGUAGAUCAUGUUGAUCAACUACGCGACACGCCCUCAAUCCUAGACUAUACCUCUGUAACUUUGUUUUUAGUGGAUCUCAUGACAUGAUGGUGUUGGUGCGCAUGAACAUGAUUCUGUACUUAAGCUUAACACACCAGCAUGAACAAAAAAAUGAACUACAACAGGCCGACUAAUCGAGAACUGGGAUCCCCGGAUCACGGGGGAAAGAAAUGGCGGGCCUUUCACCAUGUACGGAAACAACCAGGCGGGCGCGUUUAUGACACGGUAUCGCACCAUGAAGUACGACACGCGAAAAAACCUCGGCGCCGCCCUCGACGUGCCCUUCCGCUACUGUCCAAGCGACUACACCGGUUUUCCCAGGCGCUACCUCGCCGCCGAAGGCUACUCGAAGUACGGGAAAGAGAGCUUGGUGGUGUGAGAGGGGAGGAAGGUCAGGUUACCUUCGUUUUCAAUGUGCGAAAUGCUUUUCAUCCCAAUACUUUCGUUCCACUAACUAAGUAAGCGUCGUGGUGGAAUGAUUGAAUUUAUUCGUGUUGACCUAUUUUUUUACUACCACUUAAUCGCAAACAGAAACAGAUAUACAAUUUCAGGCUACAAAUUUUUCGACUGAACAACUUUACUUGACUACUAACUUCUAUCCAACUGUCUGACACUAAAAACUUGUACCAUAAGACUGGCUAAUUGACAAAUGCCUCUGCGCAAUUUACACUGUACCAUAUUUGGAUUAGAUCAUACGGAUUGAACGCUGCAUGUGGAAGAAAAUACUCCAGCCUCUCGUAAAUUUUUCAUGUUGGCUUCGCGAGUCAU